UGGAGAGAGACAGACGCAUCCGUGGAAAGGACCCGUGAGACGAGACAGGUACCAAAGGAUCAUUCUCGGCAUGGACGUGUCAGAGUGACCAGCUGCAGACACUGUCGCUUCGUCCACCUGAUCCACCACCGAGCAUGUCUACUCCAGAAGAAGCCGGCCAGCGUGAGGAAGGGGAGUACGGAAGGGCGGCUAAACGGCUCAAAACAGAGGAGACGGAGGCGGAUGAGAGAGAGGAGGGGGAAGAGGAGCUGGAGGAAGGAGAGGAUUCGGACUCCGGAUCGCUACCCGGUAACGGAGAGUCGGCGACAGACAAUCGGGCCCGGUGGAGCGCGAGCCAAUUCGGAGCAGGGCUGAGGGAUAAUGGCGAGGACUCCCAUCGUAUCUCUCCCAGUCCCGUGGUGCACGUUCGGGGUCUGUGUGAGGCUGUGGUGGAGGCAGACCUGAUAGAUGCCCUGGAAAAGUUUGGACCCAUAUGUUAUGUGAUGAUGAUGCCAUUCAAGCGUCAGGCCUUGGUGGAAUUCUCUGCAGUGGAGAGUGCAGACCGCUGUGUGUCCUGUGGAGCCAAGGAGCCAGUAUACAUCGCAGGUCAACAAGCAUACUUUAAUUAUUCCACAUCCAAAAGAAUCACCAGGCCUACAAAUGCUGACAACCCCAACAGUGGGAACAAAGUGCUUCUGCUGUCCAUACAGAACCCACUCUACCCUAUAACAACGGAUGUUCUGUACACUGUAUGUAACCCCAUUGGCAGUGUGCUGAGGAUCGUCAUCUUUAAACGAAAUGGAAUCCAAGCCAUGGUGGAAUUUGAGUCAGUUCAGUGUGCUCAGAAGGCGAAAGCAGCUCUGAAUGGAGCUGACAUCUAUGCAGGUUGCUGUACACUAAAGAUUGAAUAUGCAAGGCCAACACGUCUGAAUGUUAUUAAGAAUGACAACGAGAGCUGGGACUACACAAAACCAUACCUGGUCAGACGAGACCGUGGAAAGGGAAGACAGAGACAGGCCAUUUUAGGCGAACACCCAUCUUCCUACAGUGAUAAUGGUUAUGGUCCACCAUGUCCCCUGCUGCCACUGCCCGGCAACAGCAGGUACAAGCUCACUUCAUUGGACGUUCCAGACAUGGUGUCUUAUCCACUGCCGCAGUCAUCCUCGUCAUACUCUGGCCAUGCCCCCAGUUCUGUUGCCAUGGUAAGUGGCCUCCAUCCAUCCAAGAUGAACUGCACCCGCAUCUUCAACCUCUUCUGCCUCUACGGCAACAUUGAGAAGGUUAAGUUUAUGAAGAGUGUUCCUGGCACAGCGUUGGUUGAGAUGGGAGAUGAGUAUGCUGUGGACAGGGCCAUCACACACCUCAACAGCAUUAAGGUGUUUGGUAAAAGACUGAAUGUCUGUGUGUCGAAGCAGCACGCAGUAAUCCCCAGCCAGGUUUUUGAGUUAGAGGAUGGCAGCAGCAGCUAUAAGGACUUUGCUAUGACCAGAAACAAUCGCUUUAGCAGUGCCGGACAAGCCUCCAAAAACAUCAUCCAGCCUCCAUCUGCAGUGUUGCACUACUAUAACGUUCCUCCGUGCAUAUCACAGGAUCAUUUACUGAGGCUGUGCACGGAGCAUGAUCUGCCUGGCUUUGUCAAAUUUAAGAUGUUUGAUGCCAAACCCUCUUCUAAGACCAUCUCCGGCUUGUUGGAGUUUGACAGUAAGACAGAGGCUGUGGAGGUUCUUACUGUUCUCAACCACUACCAGAUUAGGAUUCCCAAUGGGUCCAACCCAUACACACUCAAACUGUGUUUUUCCACCUCAUCACAUCUAUAAAGAGCUACCGAGCUUACAGAGAGCUGCUGGACCUGCUGAUAGCUGACCUCUGACCAAAGGAGGGAGCAUGAAAGGCAGACGCAAAGAGGAGUGAGGCAGAGAGAAACACAGAUGAGAAUAAUAAAGGAUGGAAAUGGACGGGUAUUUAUAGAGUGCUUUUCUAGUCUUACUGACCAAUCAAAGCACUUUGAGUUUGAUGGCCACCAAAGAAGAACGUGGUAAUGGACACUCUGAGGAAUCCACUCUACAUUUAGACGUCUGUACAGGCAACUGAAGUCACAUUUUAUGUUUAAAAAAAUGUAAAAAAAAAUUAAAAAUGGAAACAAUUUUAACUUGCUGUCAUUUAAGGUUUCUUAGUGUUACAUAAACUUGCUGCCCUGUGGGAGCUAAGCUUACAGGCCGAGCUUUCACUGCAGUGCUUGGUCAGCAUGAGAUGCGUAGCUAAUUUAUGAGUUUACUAUAAAAAUAUUAACACAUGACAUCUGGAGGAAUCAUGUUAGGAAUGUCAUCAAGGUUUCAAUGACUAUUUAUGUUUAUCAGAAACAAAACUUUAUUGUUCAUGUAAAAAAUCAGAACCGCGUCUGGUUUGUUUUAGCCUAACCUGAAGAAAUGAAUCCAAUAUGUAGACUAACUUGUAGAGAAGAAACUCUCUCUGUCAUGAUAUUUGCUGAGAAACUUCAGAGGACGAUACACAUUUUAUACACCUCAAGUGUCCCGAAGCAGCCCACGUCAGAAACCUGUCUAAUGACAUAUUAAUAAGCAGCUUGGAAUGAGUUUCCAUGUCUGGACAUGUUAAAAAAUGAGAUGUUGACAUCGACUGAAAACAUUUUUCAUAUAUUUUAAAGUGGAUCAAAGUUAUUUUCCCCACUUAAUGUGAGUUUAAAAUGAGUCUACUGACGUUUUCCCCAGAAUUCUGUGCAUAUAUCUGUAGAUCUUUUAAUAUAUCAGUAUUUGAAUUACUGUACACAGAAAAUUGUAGUGGGUUUUAUUAGAGUCAGCUGCGACCUCUUGUGUUUUCUGUAUAAAUAGAAAUCAAUUGCGUGCUGUGUCCAUUUGAGGUCAUUUUAGAAUCAAAAUGUAUGUUAUUGUCACAGAGUUGCUGGACUCUCCUUUAUUGUAACAGUGAAAUAGAUGUGAACUGAAAACAGUGCAAAUCUACAGUCCAGAGAUCAGAAUAUGAGUUAUUCUUGUUUAUCUGAUUCAGGACUUCUUUGAUCUGUAGCAAGCUGAAAACAACAUUAGCCACGAGUCUGAGAGGAGGCUUCUGCAUGUAACUGCACUCAAUGCUUCUUAGAUGAUUAAACUGGGGAUACUGGACACAUUGCAUCAGCUUGUCAGCAUGAUCUUUAAAUGUCCCUGCUGUUACCUUAAGAUAACAUGUUUUCAGUUGUAACAGGAUGUAAACUACCUGUGUUGAUAUAUAUGGAAACGGCAAUUUUAUUUAUGCAGCACACGUGCUAAAACCCGUGUACGUUUACAAUGCCUUAAGGCAAUGAGAACCACAAAAUAUAAGUUUAAAAAGCAGAAAAAAGUCAAAUAAAAAACACCCACUGAGUGAAGGCCUGUGUAACUAAAAAGGUGUUGAGUGAGCACAGCUUUGACUGAUCUCAGGUCAGCAAGCAGCAGGACGUCAUCCUUACAUCUAAUAUUGUGAUCGAACAGUUAAAAGAUGUGAACCUGAAGACCUGAGCUUUAACUUGAAAUGCGCUGUAGCUCAUUCCAGUAUAAAAUGCGUUGAUGUUGAAAAAAGAAUAACAGAAGUACCAUUUGUCCAAGCAGAAAAGAAAAACGUAAAUGUUGGAAUCUGACACUUUUACAAGAGCAGAGGGAUCACAUCUAACCUGGGAGGAAACAUUUCCUGAUGGUUGUGGUCUUUUCCAGGAUCACAUAACUGUGUGUGCGUCAUGUGACAUUUCACCCACAGUCACAUGAUCUCGAGCCAUUUUAACACCGGUGGGGGAUUUUGGACCUUUGAGUUGGACAGUGCUCUCCUGCAUUACGCUACUAACAAUGAUGAAAUCAGAUUUGGAGGAAUGCUCGUCAUCACUUAUGCUGGAUUUUAGAGAUUUGGAGAAUAAAUAUCAGGGAGAGUUUGAAUCAUUAAGUGUCCCAAACUCGAUCUCUUAAUUGCAUCUGCAUCAUAGAAAUAUGUGAUCUGUUUGCACAACAGUUACUGAGGACAGAAGGAAAAACUCGUAAUAAAAAGCAUUUUAAUUUGUGCAAUAUUCCGUCUGUUAAUCUCAAAUCUAAGGUAAAAAAGGUAAAACUGUUUUGGAUCAAAUACAAAGAGCCAAGUGUCUCUGUUUAGUCAGACUCACGGAUUCUAGAACUGAGGCGUCCUUGUUGUAAAUAAUAUUUGAACAUAAGCAAUAAUAACAGACAAGUUGUUGCUUAUGUACUUGCUGUGUAACAGUUGUAAAUGGGCACUAAGAGGUUUGUAUGUAACGUGCUGUUUCUACAGUGAUUUCAUUUGUUUUUUGGUUACUUUGGGGUGUUUUUGGACAAAUGAGGGCCUUUGAGUUCUUAACCCUCUCAGCACUGAAAUAACAGAAAUGUUAUAUUUUUGUUACUAAAUAUAGUUACAUGGGUUACUUGUGUUCAAAAUGUUACAUUCAGAUGAUGGAAUUCGCUGUUACAUACUAACUUUUAUCUUUUAGUUCUACAUUUGUUCUUUUGUAAAGUGUGAACGACCCAGUGCAGCAGUAAAAUGUAAACCGUGGCAAAAGCCUGAGUGUUAAUCACAUAACUGAUGGUUUGAGACAAGGAAGCAGGUAUAAGUUAUGAUUUUAAGACAGUAAAUGUUUGAUAUUGUUAAUAGUUUGUUGUCAUUAAAAAAAUCCUAAAACAAUGUUGUUUUAUUUCAAGACAUUCUGUGGUCUAAAUGAUACGUACCUGUUCAAACUGAAUAAACCUGUUUUGAGGCUGUAAAGCCG